AUGAUAUUGAAUGCAACAAAAACAAGAACAAUAUUAUCUGAAACAUCGAAUUUGUUUACCACCUUUGAUUCAACUAACGAUAGAGCUACUCAUACACAUUCUAUUCAUGAUUCAUGUAUAUCCACAUCAACAACAGCUUUAUCAUCAGUAUCUUCACUAUCAAUAUCGACAAUACUAUCAUUAGCAUCACCAUCUUCACCAUCAACAAUCUCAGUCCCAUCAUCCUUAUUACCUAUUGAUAUUAGUCGUUCAGUACUUGAUCUACCCUCGCAAUCUUUUUUACCAUCAUACAAAAUCAAUAAAGACAAAUGUUUCCAAAAGCAAUGGUAUAAUAAUCGAUCAUGGCUAGAGUAUUCAAUCUACAACGAUUGUGCUAAUUGCUAUUACUGUAGACAUUUUGGUUCUACAAAUAAUUUAAUUAAUCGAAAUCAAAGUGAUGCUUUCCACCGUGGAUAUAACAAUUGGAAAAAUGCACUUGUUGAAAAUAGAAGAUUUCAUCAACAUCAAACUAGUACAGCACAUAUAACAGCAACACUUAAUUACAAUCAAUUUCUUGUACGUGAAAAAUCACAAUUAAGUGUCGUUAAUGUAAUUGAACACGGAAGAAUCGAACAAAUUCGCAAGAAUCGUAAUCAUUUGAUUAAAAUAUCAUCUGUAAUUUUAUUAUGUGCUCGACAAAUGAUUUCUCUUAGAGGUCAUGAUAAACAUGAAGAUGGGUCAGUAACGGGAUGGGAAAAUGCUGGAUUACAAGCCAUUUUACGUAAAAAUUUUAUGCUUACAGCUGCAUAUAUACAUUGCCAUGCUCAUCGCUUAAACCUCGUUAUUGCUGAUGUAUGUAUAUCAGUAUCGUACGCCAGUGAAUUUUAUACAAUUGUAUCAAAAAUCUACAAUUAUUUUACGGCAUCAGCUGUCAAUAAUGAAUAUUUUCGAGAUGCUCAAAAACAAUUAAAAUUAGUAAUUACCAGUACAAUCGGGCAACAAGAUGAUGAUGAAAAUGAAUAUUAUUAUCGAACAUAUAUUGACUAUCAAGUAAUUGAUAAUAUGUUAGUUGAAUUCGAAGAUCGAUUUUCAUCAAAAAACUUAGAAUUUUUAUCAGGUAUAUCAUCGUUAUGUCCAGGCAGUAAUACAUUUUUAGAUUUUGAUUCAUUAAAACCAAUUGCAAAUCAUUUAAAUGUUGAUCUUCAAGUCUUAUCCAACGAAUUAAUGGUGGUGAAAUCUAUGUUACAAAAUAAAUCAUUAACUACCAUUAUCGAUUUAUACAAAGAAUUGUAUCGAUUUCAAGAAGUUUUUCCAUCACUUGCUACACUUAUAUAA